GAUCUCUACUUUUAUAUCUUUAUAUUUAUUUAUACUAAUAUAUCUCGCACUAUAUAAUGUAUGAUGAUAUAUGAUGUUAUUAUUAUUAUAAUAAUAAAGGGAGAACUUUGGAGGAAGAGGAAAGAGAUUGGAGGAGAGAUCGAAGUCCUAAUUUCCUACAGCAGGGGAGGGGAUAGCGUCGUGCCACGAUGUCGUUCUUCGAGGAAAUGGAUUCCUUGUAUUAUUACAGUGGAUUCCGCGACCAGUUGCGCCAUUUCUCUGAGGCGGUGUCGUCCUCGCUGGCGACGGGGAGCUGCGGCGGCGCGGCGGAGGAGGAGGAGGAGGGGUGCCGCGACGACGCGGCGGCGCUGCGGCUGAAGCUGGCGGCGAUGGCGGCGAUCCUGGUGGCGGGGAUGGUGGGCGUGGCGAUCCCCCUGGCGGCGGGGCGGAAGCGGCGGCGCCUCCUGAGCACGGAGAGCGGCUUCUUCGCCCUCGCCAAGGCCUUCGCCGCGGGCGUCAUCCUCGCCACGGGCUUCGUCCACAUGCUCCACGACGCCGAGGCCGCGCUCACCGACCCCUGCCUCCCCCGCUUCCCCUGGCGCCGCUUCCCCUUCUCCGGCUUCGUCGCCAUGGCCGCCGCCCUCGCCACCCUCGUCCUCGACUUCCUCGCCACCCAGUUCUACGAGCGCAAGCACCGCGCCACCGCCGCCGCCGCCGCCGCCGAGACCGACGCCGCGGCGGAGGACGACGAGGAGCGCUCCAUCAUCGCCGCGGCGCCGGAGCCGCCCGUGGACGAGGACGAGGACGAGGGCGAGGGCUCCGCCAAGGGCCGCGACGCGGUGCACAUCGUGGGGAUGCUCGCGCACGCGGCGGCGCACGGCCACAGCCACCACCACGGCCACGCGCACGGGGACGGGGACGGGGACGAGGGCCAGGUCUCCUCGCACGUGCGCCACGUCGUCGUCUCCCAGAUUUUGGAGCUUGGGAUCGUGUCGCACUCGGUGAUCAUCGGGCUAUCACUGGGCGUGUCUCGGAGUCCGUGCACGAUAAGGCCGUUAAUGGCGGCGCUCUCUUUCCACCAGUUCUUUGAAGGGUUUGCAUUGGGUGGCUGCAUCUCUCAGGCACGGUUCAAGAACUUGUCGGCCAUAAUCAUGGCAACGUUCUUCGCGAUCACAACGCCGCUGGGGAUCGGCGUCGGGACGGGGAUAGCCUCCGUCUACAACGCCAACAGCCCGCGGGCCCUGGUGGUGGAGGGCCUGCUGGACUCGGUGUCGGCGGGCAUCCUCAUCUACAUGUCCCUCGUCGACCUCAUCGCGGCCGACUUCCUCAGCCGUCGGAUGAGCUGUGAUUUGCGGUUCCAAGUCGCCUCCUACUGCACCCUCCUCGGCGGCGCCCUUGCCAUGUCGGCCCUCGCCAUCUGGGCUUAAAUGAAGAACACUCCCUCUGUAAAAUUACAAUCCUUAGUUUUUUUUUUUUGGGUGGAAAUAAUUAUUUGUUAAUGGAUGGAAGGUCCCUCGAUCUCUGGGGUUCUUUUGGUAAUUAGGAUGCUGUAUACAUAACAUUAGAAGCCCUCUUUCCUUCUGGUCUGGCUUGAUUACUGAUCAAGGAAGCAAAACUAUUUGACUUUACAUGUAUUUUAAUUUUGUUUUUCUUUAUUUUUUUUUAUUUUAUUUUUGGGAAUGUAUUAAUGUGUUUUGGCUUCUCGAUUAAUUACUAUUGAAUAAAACAAGGGUAAAAUACAUUUUUAAUCCC